AUGGGGGUUGGGUGGAGCGAGGAGCACACAGCCACUGGGACCCUCUUCGUCUGGCUCUUCUUGCCUCUUUUUCGGUGGCCCCUCCUCUUCUUGCUCUCCCCCCACAAGUUUGAGCCGCCAUGCAUGCUGGGAAUAUUCAGGAUGGCAAUGCCCUCCAGAGAGAUGGCGCUCAGGUCUAGGGCCACUCCAUCACACUGUGUAUCAAGACAGGAGAGGGUUGAGAGAGGUCCUUGGGGUGAGAUCCCGGACAGUGUCUGCCAGGAGAGAAAAGAGAGGGGUGAGGUCCUGGGUAAAGAGAGGAGAGAGGGCUCGGGCCUGGAGCUCGGGCCUGGAGCUCGGGCCUGGAGCUCGGGCCUGGAGCUCGGGCCUGGAGCUCAGGCCUGGAGCUCGGGCCUGGAGCUCGGGCCUGGAGCUCAGGCCUGGAGCUCGGGCCUGGAGCUCGGGCCUGGAGCUUGGGCCUGGAGCUCGGGCAGGGGGGGCGGGCUCAACAACAGCGCUGGGGUGCUGCUCAGGCUGAUGAUCGAUGACCUCAAUGGGGCCAUGCAGUCACCAUCUGGACACGCCGCUGAGCUUCAUUACAUCCUCCUAAUUACUGCCGUACAGAAUGUUUGCAUACAGAGCAGAGGAGGCCCGAGCUGGAGGCAGGGGGGCCCCACAGGAGUGGGUCAUGAGGAGCUCUGA